AUGAUGAUGAAGAAGAAGACCGUUCUUGUGAUCAUAAACUGCAUAAUCCUAGCGAUUGGAAACUGUGGAGGCCCUCUAAUAGCACGUCUCUACUUCAGAAACGGUGGCAAACGGAUCUGGUUCUCAAGCUUCCUCCAAACCGCAGGCUGUCCAAUCAUCUUCUUCCCUCUCCUCUUCUCCUUCCUCCGCCGCCGUAAAGAAGAAGACGAAAAGACUCCAUUUUUCCUCAUAAAACCUCCUCUGUUCUUCGCCGCUAUCGUCAUCGGUCUGCUCACUGGCUUUGACAAUUACCUCUACGCUUACGGAUUAGCUUACCUCCCUGUUUCCACUUCUGCUCUCGUCAUCUCCUCUCAGUUAGCCUUCACUGCUUUCUUCGCCUUCUUCAUGGUGAAGCAAAAGUUCACACCUUUCACUGUAAACGCCGUCGUUUUGCUUACUCUCGGUGCCGGAAUCCUUGCCCUUCACACCGACGGUGACAAGCUAGCCAAUGAGACACACAAGGAGUAUGUCGUUGGCUUCCUCAUGACCGUUGCUGCAGCUAUCCUCUACGCCUUUAUAUUGCCGCUUGUGGAGCUUACUUACAAGAAGGCUCGUCAAGAGAUUAGCUACACGCUCGUGCUCGAGAUCCAGUUGGUCUUGUGCCUUGUUGCUACUUGCGUCUGCCUCGUGGGGAUGCUUGCUGAUGGAGAUUUCAAGGUGAUAGCAAGAGAAGCAAGAGGUUUUAAGCUUGGAGGGUCUUCUUAUUACUGUGUGGUGGUUGUGUUCACUGCCAUAAUAUGGCAAGGUUUUUUCUUGGGAGCUAUUGGGAUGAUCUUCUGUGCAUCCUCUCUGGUCUCUGGAAUUCUGAUCAGUGCUCUGCUUCCGUUGACGGAAGUCUUGGCCGUCCUUUUCUUCCGGGAGAAGUUUCAGGCGGAGAAAGGUAUCUCUUUGUUUCUCUCCCUAUGGGGAUUCCUUUCUUACUUCUACGGACAGAUAAAAUCUGAUAAGGAGAAGAAGGCCAAAGCUCAGGAGACACAACUGCCUCAGCUUCCAGUUACUGAUUCUGUAUCUUAA